UUCUGGUGCUGCAGCUCCACAUGUUGCAAGCGCUGGCACAAGAUGAUGUGGCACCCUAUUUCAAGACUGAGCCAGGCAUGCCCCAGAUCCAUCUCGAGGGGAACCGUCUUGUCCUCACAUGCCUUGCUGAAGGCAGCUGGCCAUUGGAAUUUAAAUGGUUGCACAAUGACAGUGAAAUCACCGCCUACUCCAGUGAAUACAAGUACCUUAUCCCAGCCUUGCAGAGGUCUGAUGCUGGGUUUUAUCAAUGUGUUGUGCGAAACAGGAUGGGAGCACUCUUGCAAAGAAAAUCUGAAGUCCAAGUGGCAUAUAUGGGAAAUUUCAUGGACACAGACCAGAAAAAAACAGUGGCGGAAGGACAAGCUGCAGUUCUAGACUUCAUGCACAUCCUCAGCUAUCCCAGACCACAAGUGACCUGGUUUAGAGAUGGGCACAAGAUUAUUCCAAGCAGCGGAAUAGCCAUAACACUGGAGAAUCAGCUGGUGAUCCUCACAACCUCAGUGACCGACUCAGGUGGCUACUGUGUCCAGGCUGUCAAUGAAAAGAAUGGAGAAAACAAGACAAGUCCCUUUAUUUAUCUGAGCGUAACACAUGCCAGCGACUCGUUGGACACGACGGCUCCUGUCAUUGUAAUCCCCCCACAGAAUACCAGCGUGGUAGCGGGGAGCAGCGAAGUCAUGCUGGAGUGUGUGGCCAACGCAAGACCUGUUGAGAAACUAAGCAUUUCCUGGCAGAGAAAUGGAAUAAAAAUAACCAGCGGAAUUAGUAGUUUUGGGAGACGUCUCACUAUUACAAAUCCGACCUCUGCUGACAUUGGGAUGUACUUCUGCGUGGCGGAGUUGAGAGACAGCCUUGUUGAACCAGCGAGAGCAAAAGCCUUCCUAUCUAUUUUGGAGCCGCCCUAUUUUACUGCUGAGCCCGAGAGUCGGAUUUUGGCUGAGGUGGAGAAAACAGUGGACAUCCUGUGCCAGGCAAUGGGGGUUCCUAGUCCCACUCUGGUCUGGUAUAAGGACUCUAUUCCUAUCAACAAGUUGCAAAAUCCUCGUUACAAAGUACUCCACAAUGGUGGUCUGCAGAUCCAGGGAGCGCGUACCGAUGACGCUGGGAUCUUUCAGUGUUUUGCUAGCAAUGAAGCUGGGGAAAUACAGACACACACCUACCUAGAUGUAACCAAUAUUAAACCAACAUUUAUCCGGCCACCAAUAGAUACCACUGUUACAGAAGGGAUGACUGCAGUAUUAACCUGUGAGGUUUCAGGGGCUCCAAAACCUGCCAUCUCGUGGAAAAGAGGGAACCAGAUCUUAGCCAGUGGCUCGGUGCAGAUUCCCAGGUUCAUUCUCCUCGAAUCUGGUGGGCUGCAGAUUACUCCUGUCUUCCUUCAGGAUGCUGGCAACUAUACUUGCUAUGCAGUCAACUCAGAGGGAGCCCUGAGUGCUUUUGCAACGCUGACUGUCUGGAAUCGCACCUUUAUUGUUCACCCUCCCGAGGACAGCACCGUUAUCAAGGGAACCACAGCCACUCUGCAGUGUGAAGCAACUCAUGACCCUAGAAUUUCAAUCAGGCACGUGUGGAAGAAGGAUAGUGUGGCAAUAAAUCCAUCUAGCAGUUCCCGAAUUACAGUAGAGGAAGAUGGAAGCCUCCUCAUUAGCCAGACGUGGUCAGGAGACAUCGGCGACUACACGUGCGAGGUCAUUUCAUUUGGAGGAAACGAUUCCAGAACGGCUCGUCUAGAAGUGAUGAGUGAAAUGCAGUCCAAUUUUAUUUGUGUCACUAAUGUCAGCAACUAUGACCGCUCCAUGCAUGAAGCAGAUCAAACGCAUAUGAAG